CAUCGCUCUCCUCCUCAUCAUCAUCUUCCACCACCUCCUCCUCCUCCUCCCCCCGCCCACAGCCUCCUCGCAGCGGCCCGGAGCCGGCGGCGGUGGAGCCCGGCGUGUUGUGUGAAGAAAUUCUUCAGCCAUGGAUGUGUUCAUGAAAGGACUUAACAAGGCGAAGGAGGGAGUCGUAGCAGCAGCAGAAAAAACCAAGCAGGGUGUAGCAGAAGCAGCAGGAAAGACGAAAGAAGGCGUCCUCUAUGUAGGUUCCAGGACCAAGGAAGGAGUUGUUCAUGGUGUCACAACAGUGGCUGAGAAGACCAAAGAGCAAGUAUCUAAUGUUGGGGGAGCUGUGGUGACAGGAGUGACGGCAGUGGCACAGAAGACAGUGGAAGGCGCAGGGAACAUUGCUGCAGCCACUGGCUUGGUGAAGAAGGAUCAGUUGGCUAAACAGAAUGAAGAAGGUUUCCUGCAGGAAGGAAUGGUGAAUAAUACAGAUGUUCCUGUGGAUCCUGAGAAUGAGGCUUAUGAAAUGCCUCCAGAGGAAGAGUAUCAAGACUAUGAACCCGAAGCAUGAGAGACCUUUCCUUCCUUUGUAUCUCCUGAAACCUACUAACAAAGACGUCACAUCCUGUACAAGUGCUGAGUUCCAAUGUGCCCAGUCGUAAAAUUUUUUUACAGUUUUUACAGUGUAUUUUGAAGUCUUCCAUCAGCAAUGAUUGGAGUAUCUGUGACUGCAUCCACCUUGUUUCAGCAUUUCCCUCCUGCUGAAAUGAAAGCUGGUUGGCAAGGUCAUUGUUGUGCUGUGGAUAUUGUGGCUUCAAGUUUAAAAAUUAAAAAGAAAAUACUAAAUAAAAACACCUAAGUGUCUACUGCUUAUUUUUAACUCUGUACAUGUUUUGUUGAUAGGCUGUCAGUAAUUUGAUAUUGUUUAUGAUACAGUUUUUAUUUGUUUCCAAUGACUAUUCUUUCUGUGCAGAGAUGACUUAUUGUGAGAGCUUU